GCGCCUGCGCGCAGACCGGUGUCCGGUGUCCGCCUGGCAGCAGCUGUUCAGACCCGAAGGACCGACAGACACGCUGAGACACCACCACCGACUGAGACCACCGACCCGGAAUCGCAGAGCCGGUGCUACAUACCCGUAACGGAGCCGGUCCAGAUCGUAGGAGAGCCGCUGAGCUAACCGAGCUAACCAAGCUAACCGAGCUAACGGAGCUAACGGAGUGACGACACGCCGUCAGCUGUUUUUGGACAGGCCCCCGGCUCGUGCUCACCACGCUCCGCCGCACCGAGCCGCUCUGACCCGGGUCACCGACUCCGGGUCUGUCCGCCGGCUCGGGGGCCGAAGUUAGCUUCCGGCUAACAGCUAACAGCGUUAGCGUCCAGGGGACCGACCGCGCGACCGGAGCCCCGAACCGGACCGGUGACAACAUGCUGAUAGCCGUUGGCGCAGGAAGUGGACACACCACCGCCACCAGCAAGAAACACAGACGGAGAGGCAAAAAACACAGGAGAAUCCGAACAGACGAGAACCGUUUCAGGCAUGAUGACAUCAGCAACCUUCAGAGUCCAAAUGCCAACAGCAGCCCCGCCCCGACACCUCAAACCACCGGACUCCGCCCCCGAAAUACUACAGAGACAGUCACACCGACCAACACGCUGCCAUGCACCGCCGAGGUCCACGAGUCCAUCACCGGACCGCCACAGACCGGAAACACCCCACCGCCCCGCCACAGUCAACCCCAAUGCCCCUCGCCUCCACCCCAGGCCACGUCCCCCCCUCCAGAUACAGCAGACACACCUGCAGCUCACCUGGUCCCUUCUGACAGUCCACACACUGCCCCGAUAGCACCACCUACACCUCACACCUGCAGCCAAUCACCUCUCGCCACCUCUCCAAGCCCCGCCCACAGUGCCAGCCAGUCACCAUCUGUUGACCAAAACAUUACCCAAAAUUCCUCCACAUCGCCUCACAGAACUCUCAACAUUACCCACAAUGCCUCUGAAUCAAUGUCAAUUUCUGCCCCACCGCCCACCAAAGCUCCUCCCACACCGCCACUAAGCCCCUACCACCCCGACCCCUUCCUGCUGACCUCAGUGACCUUUACCUCCAGUGGCUCCUCCCACCUCUACUCCCCCGUCUGCUCCCCGUCCACCUCCUUCCUCCGUUCCCUCGAUGCUCUCGGCCACCACGCCACUCUGCCUUCCAUGAUGUCAUCAGCUGCCCCACACGCGGCCGCCCGCCGUUUGACUCUGACCCCGCCCCCUCUCGAGUACCCGCCCCCUGUCCAGCUGCUGGGCUCUGACGAUGAGGAGCAGGAGGACCCGUCCGAUUACUGCAAAGGUGGAUACUACCCGGUGAAGAUCGGGGACCUGUUUAACGGGCGCUACCAUGUGGUCAGGAAGCUGGGCUGGGGUCAUUUCUCCACCGUGUGGCUCUGUUGGGACCUGCAGAAGAAACGCUUUGUGGCGUUGAAGGUGGUGAAGAGUGCUCCGCAUUACACCGAGACAGCUCUGGAUGAGAUCAAGCUGCUCAGAUGUGUGAGGGACAGUGACCCCUCUGACCCCUACAGAGAGACCAUCGUCCAGCUGAUAGAUGACUUCAAAAUCUCCGGAGUCAACGGAGUCCGUAUCCUUUAUCACCUGCCUUAUUUUCCUCAGCCUCAGUCAGAUGUUUGCAUGGUUCUGGAGGUUUUGGGUCAUCAGCUGCUAAAGUGGAUCAUUAAGUCAAACUACAUGGGGCUGCCUCUGGUCUGCGUCAAGACCAUUAUCAGACAGGUGCUGCAGGGUCUGGACUACCUGCACUCUAAGUGUAAGAUCAUCCACACGGACAUUAAGCCGGAGAACAUCCUGCUGGACGUGGACGAUGUGUACGUGCGGCGGCUGGCGGCCGAGGCCACCGUCUGGCAGAGAGCUGGAGCCCCGCCCCCCUCAGGGUCGUCAGUUAGCAUGGCUCCCAGGGAUCUGGAGGUAGGUAAACUGUCUAAGAACAAGAAGAAGAAGUUAAAGAGGAAAGCCAAACGUCAGCAGAGACUGUUGGAGGAGAGAUUGGUGGAUAUACAGAGGAUGGAGGAGGAGGACGGAGUGUUACAACCUGACGACACAGACAGUAACUGCUCUGUGGUUGUCAACGGCAACACUUACUGCUCCACAGCCAAUAGCAAAGGGAGCCCAGAGUCUGCCUGCUCCUGGUUGGAGGACAGGUGUAAUGGCCACGCCCCUGGACGGUUCUCCAGCCCUGCCUCCGGCCUAUCAGGCUUCUCCAGCUCUGUGAUGUCUGCGACGUCAGAGUCCGCACUCUCUACUCAGUCGGGAUACUCCAGUGGACGAGACGUGUUCAGUGCGUCGGACUUCGUCCUCAGUCCUCUGGAUCCUCAGAACGCCCACAAACUGAGAGUGAAGAUCGCUGAUCUGGGAAAUGCCUGCUGGGUGCACAAACACUUCACGGAGGACAUUCAGACCAGACAGUACAGAGCUCUGGAGGUUCUGAUUGGAGCAGAGUACGGACCGCCAGCCGACAUCUGGAGCACCGCAUGCAUGGCGUUUGAGUUGGCGACAGGAGAUUACCUGUUUGAACCUCAUUCAGGGGAAGAUUACACCAGAGACGAAGAUCACAUCGCUCACAUCAUCGAGCUGCUCGGACCGAUUCCUCUGCCCUUCGCUUUGUCUGGAAGGUACUCCAGAGAGUACUUCAACAGGAGAGGGGAGCUGCGUCACAUCUCCAGCCUGAAGCCGUGGGGUCUGUUCGAGGUGUUGUUGGAGAAGUACGAGUGGCCGCUGGAUCAGGCGGCUCAGUUCAGCGACUUCCUGUUGACCAUGUUGGAGCUGCAGCCUGAGCGCAGAGCGACGGCGGCGCAGUGCCUGCAGCACGCCUGGCUGCACACAUGAACACGCGCACACACACACACGCUAUGUUUUGGGCGUCUCUGAGUUGAUUUCACCUCGACUGACUGUAAACUGGACUGGCGCCGCUCAGGUAGCUGCUGUGAUCGUGAGACCUCAUGGACUCAAUCAGUGAGGGCGUGAUGUCAUCACCGCCACAGAGCAGACUUCCUGUCUGCGGCCUGCUGGGUGUUUCACAAUAAAACAUCUGAAAACGGUC